AUGAGGCGAGUCACCUGGGGCGCGGCCCCCUCUGGUUUCCUGUUGGCUGCCACCGUUCGCCAUCACUUCGGAAAGGGAGAUCAAUCGACACCCGGGUUGUCCGAUUGUCUCUACGCUGACGAUUUCUUGUGCAGUUUCGAUGGGGUAGAGCAAGCCACCCACUUCACGAACCUCGUGCGUCGAGAACUUGGUUCCGCAGGCAUGACCCUAGCCAAGUGGAAAACGAACUCGGAGUGCGUUAGAGACCAUCUCUUAAGGACCGGUGUUGGUCCGGACGACUUCGACUCGACGGCAGCGGAGUUCCUGAAGGUCUUGGGGAUAAUGUGGUCCCCGGCGGAGGACGUCUUGCGCUUCACGACUCCUUCUCAAUUCGACGAACCCCUGGGCGAGGGAACUCUGACUAAGCGGCGGGUCUUGAGCAUCGUCGCUUCACUGUAUGACCCGCUAGGAUGGUUAACCCCGUACUCACUCCGUGGGAAGAAAAUCGUGCAACAGCUGUGGUCGGCUGACCUAGAAUGGGGUCAGCCGGUGCCGGACUCUGUUCGCAUCGAGCUCACAACCUGGAUGAUGGAGGUUCAGGACCUCAGAGGGUUCAGUUUCGCGCGCCGAUACUCGGGAAGAGACGACUCACCGACCGCUCGGGUGUCACAUGUAUUUGGAGAUGCGUCCAAGACCGCCUUUGCCAGCGCGGCGUACAUCGAAAACCGCUACGAGGACGAAACGUCCACGUUUUCUCUGGUGAUGAGCAAGUCUAGGCUUGCACCUCGCGUUCCCCCGUCGCUGCCCCGACUGGAAUUGCCGGCAGCCGUGACUGCAGUUCGCUUGAAGAAAUUCCUAGUCGAGCGGAUGGAUGUUCAAUUCGAGCGGAUAUUCUUCUACACUGAUUCAACUAUUGCGUUCCACUGGGCUACCUCCGCAAGUUCGGGUAGAUGGAAGCAGUUUGUCAGCAAUCGCGUUCAGGAGAUUCAGGCGAACUCCAACGCAGAAGAUUGGUUUCACGUGUCGGGGGAGAACAACGUAUCUGACUUGGCGACGCGCGGAAUUUCUGCGAGUUCACUAAUCAACUCCCCGGAUUGGUGGCAUGCGCCAGAAUGGCUCCGCUUGCCUAUGGACCGUAGGCCGCUGACUCGUCCCAGCCGAGGAGCUCUCUCCUUGGAUUCGGUCAACCUGGAAAUGCGCGCUGUCAUGACGCCGAUCGUUGUCCAUGAUCCUCAAAUCGACUUGAACCGCUUUAGUUCUGCGGGUCGGGCGAUAAGAGUCGUGGCUAACGUCAUUCGUUUCGGCUACUUGACACGUCGGACAGCUGUCCCUGUGCUCGCGGAGUUGUACCGUAGAGCGGAGGCGAAGAUAGUUGGCUGGUGUCAGCGACAAUAUUUCCAGGAGGAGCUGAGCUCUGUCCGCUCUGGAGAACAGGUACCGAACACAUCGAAACUCGCUGCAUUUCAACUAUUCAUCGACAGCGAUGGACUUCUGCGAGCGAAGACGCGUCUCACUCUCGGACCAUUCUUCACCUACGAGGAGAAGAAUCCUCUUGUUAUACCCGGAGAGUCGCGACUCGCGAGGUUGUUGAUAAUAGAUGCUCACAGGGUAAAUGCCCAUUUCGGAGUCAAUACUGUGUUGACGCAGAUUCGAAGGCGCUUCUGGAUUACGCGGGGACGCCAGGUCAUCAGGACGAUACUGAGUCGAUGCGUCGUCUGUCGUAGGCGUCAAGGCGGACACGCUACCCAGAUAGAGGCUCCGUUGCCUGAGUCAAGGGUGACGCUCAGGGCGCCUUUCGCAGUUUGUGGCGUCGACUUUUGUGGUCCGUUCUUCACGCGCCAACGCAGGGACACCGUGAAGACUUAUGCGGCCAUAUUCGUGUGCACCUCAGUUCGCGCCAUCCACUUGGAAGCGGUUCCGUCCAUGACCACCCCUCAAACUCAUCUGGCCAUCCGGAGGUUCCUUGCGAUAUACCCGAGCUGCUUGCGUUUUGUUUCAGACAACGGCAGAAGUUUCGUCAAGGCCGCGACUGACAUCAAGCGGCUAUUCAACUCAAUCAAGGAUCGAGAAGUGAGGGAGGCUCUCGGAGGACGUUCGGUGGAUUGGUCUUUCAUAUGCCCACGAGCCGCAUGGCAUGGUGGAUUUUACGAGCGGCUCGUGGGGACUCUAAAGACGGCGCUGUACAAAACGCUGGGUCGAAAUCUUAUCGGUUAUGAGGAUUUUCGAACCAUCCUUUGUGAGCUCGCAUCCGUGAUAAACGACAGACCUAUCACGCAUGCCGGAACGGAUCCCGAUGCCCCACCUGCGCUAACUCCGGCUCACUACCUCCGAGGAGGACCGUACAACUCUGCUCUCGCGACAUUCGUUCCCGUUGAUCAUCUUCACGGCGAUGAAGUUACUUCCGGGGCUGAUCUGAGCAGGGCUUCCGCGGCAAGGACUAACUACUUCAGGCACCUCUCGGUGUUCGUAGUUCUGGCCGAGCGAGCUCAGUGCGUUGUGCCCGUCGCCUACGCGUUGCUCCCAGACAAAGCAGCCGAAUCGUACACUCGGAUGCUGAAUCUCUUGAAAGAGGCUUGGCCGGCCCUCUGUCCCGCCAGCGUGGUCAUGGACUACGAGCGGGCCAUGAUGAUUGCGGUCAGGGCUUGCUUCCCGCCCGAAACACGCAUUCAGGGAUGCUUCUUCCACUUGGUGAAGAACAUCAAACUACGCGUAGCUCAGGAAGGUCUUUGGAGUCGCUAUACCAACGAUGACGACUUCGCACUGAAAGCCCGAAUGAUAGCUGCUUUGGCAUUCGUUCCGCCGUCAGAGUUAGAUAAUGCAGUCGCGGAGCUUUCGCCUGUAUUGCCGGAAGAGUUGAUUCCAGUUCUCAACUAUUUCGAGGACAUUUACAUAGGGCGUAUGAACCGGAUCCGAGCCGACGGUACCGUAGACCGGAGAACACCGCAGUUCCCGGUCGAGAUGUGGUCAGUAUACCAGAGAACGCUCGACGGAGAAGCCCGCACGAAUAACUAUGCGGAGGCGGCACAUCGCAGACUCCAGGUUGAAUUCGGGAUACAGCAUCCGACAAUUUGGAAGUUCAUCGACGGGCUUAAGAAAGUCCAAAAAGGCCGUGACCUACAAGUCGAAUCAUUCGUAGCCGGCGGUGCUCCUCCAACAAAAAGGACCAAGUACGUUCGUGCAGACGAGCGAAUCCUGGGAGUGGUCGAGCGUGCCGAACAUCUACAGCAUGUAGAAUACCUCCGAGGCAUAGCUCACAAUUUCCUCAUGGACGCGUAG